CAGUUGUACUGUGCUUGUAGAGGUGUGUGUGCGGUGCAGGACACGAUCGAAAGAUCGUUCUACGAAGAGAGAUCGUUGACCGUCCGGACAGAACAGACCACCUUUUUAACGUGUCAUGUUAUUUGUUAUAAAUUAUAUUUUAAUGUGUUAAUAAAAAAGUAAUAGUAUCAAAGAACACAAAAGUGGCGACGAGAACAAUACGAUCCCAACGAUAACCGGUCAUUUCAUUCGUCAAAAUUCAUUGGAAAAAGAGGAGAAUGCUGAGCCCCGAAGACCAUACGAUGGAAGAACGACGUCUCUCGCAAAAUGGCGCAAACUUUUCCGGCAACUUUUAUGCAGCACCCGCCAUCGCAGCAAGCGGCUCCAACCCAAGCGGCACCAACCCAAGCAGCAACGACAGACGCCGCCAAUGAUUUUAAUACCGUUUUGUAUUUGUUGCAGCAGCAGAUGGCAAUGCAGCAGAAACAAAUGGAACAGCAUAUGAAAUUGGUGGGCCAACUACUACAACAACAGCAGCAGCAAUCGCAUCCUGCAACAUUUUCGCAGCAGCAGCCAGAUCAACAGGAGUACACCUAAUAAGCUGUUAGAAAACCAGAAAACUCCAGCGGAUGUUAUGUUCAACAGAAGGAUACGCUCAACCUUAGAGCUGCUACGACCACCACUGCGACCUUCGCCUAGCACGUAUACCUCUGAGCAUAAACCCAAAAAGUUCAACGCUGGUGAUCCUGUAUAUGCGAAGCUUUAUGAAGUUAACAAAUGGAGUUGGGUUCCUGGUGUGAUUGAUGAGCAGAUCGGAAGUGUGAUAUUUAAGGUUCUAACCACAUCUGGCAGAACGCUCCGUUCACACAUAAAUCAGCUGCGUCAUCGGUACAACACAAAUAAUCAACAAGAUGAAAUGGAGUCUACAAUGUUCUUCAAUGGAUUGUUAGAUGCUUGGGGUAUUAGUCAAUAUUGUUCCUCAUCACCAGUACCUGAUACCUGUUCCAACCCCAAGCCGUCCUUGUAUUCGUCUAUAUCAUCAGAUGCACCAUCCUUGAGUGUACCGUCAUCAUCGUCAUCAACUGCAGUAUCGCAGUCAUCAUCAUCAGCAACAACAUCAGCACAGCCAUCGUCAUCGUCAUCAAUGUUAUCGUCUUCAGUUUUACCGUCUUCUAUGAAUGUUUGUCCGGAGCCAAUUGAAUCUUCUGAGGUUGCGACGAAUGACGUAAUAUCAUAUCUACCCGUGCAGCCUCCACGACGCUCUUCGCGUGUCAGAAGAACGCCACCGUGGAUGGAAGCGUACCGGCAGUAUUAAGAAGGGGGGAUGUUGGCAACCACCCUGUGCCUGUACCGCUGUACCAAGACAGCUUGCAAUGACAGUUGUACUGUGCUUGUAGAGGUGUGUGUGCGGUGCAGGACACGAUCGAAAGAUCGUUCUACGAAGAGAGAUCGUUGACCGUCCGGACAGAACAGACCACCUUUUUAACGUGUCAUGUUAUUUGUUAUAAAUUAUAUUUUAAUGUGUUAAUAAAUAAGUAAUAGU